AAAAUAUCUUACACCUAACCUAACACCUCCCCAUAACUCCAUAAGUCCAUAACCCAGUAACUCCCUUUCACUCCUGGCCGGAGCGCUGGUCAAGCCCAAGUUCUCCUCUAUGCCUCCGAGACGUUGAACUUGAAGAUAUUACUUUAAGUUGUGAUGGGAAGUUCUGGGAAGUGCCCUCCAAGUGUUCGAUAAAUUGCUUGACUGACAUUCAUAGCUAAUACGGAGUAUGUUUUCUGUUUAAUAGCUGAAUUUCUGUUGCUUCUUGCAAGUUCACACUUUUCUGGCGAUAAUAGCUAAAUGGAGCGUUUAUCAUCAUUAUUGGCUCCAAAAACAUGUUGCUUUGAUCGGCCACACCUCAAUUCCCACUCCAAUUCCAUGGUUUGUUCAGCUGGUUUUCUGCCUUUUGUCUCCUCCACCUUUGCCCUGCCGGUUUGCGGCGGCGUAUCCAUUUUGAGAAGAAGUCCAACAGCUGCAGCUACUGUAGCAGAAGCAAUAGCAGUAGCAGUGGAUGACCCAGCAAUACAUUCCACUGCCUCUCCUAAAAAGGUUUUGAUCCCCAUUGGGUAUGGAACAGAAGAAAUGGAAGCUGUGAUAUUGGUGUACGUAUUGCGCCAAGCUGGUGCUCAUGUGACUGUGGCCUCUGUUGAACCACAGCUCGAGGUUGAGGCGUCUGGUGGUGUGAAGUUUGUUGCUGAUACCUCUAUCAACUCUUGCACGAACCAGAUAUUCGAUCUUAUCGUCUUACCGGGAGGUAUGCCUGGUUCCGCCCGGCUGAGAGACUCUGAAGUUCUGCGCAGUAUUACUAGCAAACACGCUGAGGAGAAGAGGUUGUAUGGUGCUAUAUGUGCUGCUCCAGCUGUAACCCUCCAACCAUGGGGGCUACUAAAGAAAAAGCGGAUCACUUGUCACCCUGCUUUCAUGGACAAGCUUUCUUCCUUUUGGGCUGUCAAAUCAAAUAUUCAAGUUUCUGGAGAGCUUACAACUAGUCGUGGCCCAGGAACUACUUUUGAAUUUGCCCUGUCAUUGGUAGAACAAUUGUCCGGUGAGUCUGCAGCUCAUGAAGUCAAAGGCUUACUGCUACUGAGUGAAGAUCAGUCUAGAAAAGAGUUCAAUGAAGUGGAAUGGUUGCUUGAUCACCCUCCUCAUGUACUCAUCCCAGUGGCGAAUGGAUCUGAUGAGAUAGAGGUUGUGACCAUAGUUGACAUUCUCAGAAGAGCAAAAGUUAAUGCUGUGGUUGCUUCGGUUGAAAAGUCAUUGCAAAUUCUGGCAUCUCAUGGAACCAAUAUUGUUGCCGAUAAGUUGAUUGAUGUAGCUGCUGAGUCCAUUUAUGACUUGAUUGUUCUUCCGGGUGGCAUCAAUGGGGCUAAGAGGCUAAGUAAGUCAAAGGUUCUUAAGAAGCUACUUAAAGAACAGGAAUCCGCUGGCAGAAUUUAUGGAGCAAUAUGCUCCUCUCUGACACUCCUGCAAAGACAAGGGUUGCUCAAGGGCAAGAGAAUAACUGAUCAUCCCUCCUUAUCAGACAAGCUAAAACCAGAGGUGGUUGCUGGUGCCAAGGUAGUAAUUGAUGGGAAGCUUAUUACGUCAAAGGGACUCAGUACCGCAACUGACUUUGCCCUUGCUAUUGUGAGCAAGCUUUUUGGACAUGCCAGGGCAAGAAGUGUCGCUGAAGGUCUUGUUUUUGAAUUCCCUAGGAAUUAACCAAUGACAUUCAUGUUUAAUGAUGUUUUAUCACAAGAAUGGGGUACUUUCCACUUCCUGUGGCCGAGGUCAGUGCUCGAUAGGUUACGUGCAACUCAUUGGAAAUGAAGUUAAAGGCAUAACUACCCUUGAAAGAUUCAAGAACUUUGGUUGCAUAAAAACUUUGAAGACCUCAAAUAAUGUUUGCCAGUUUUAGACGGUAACCUGUAUGGCUGUACUCAGUAUGAUGUUUUCGAUCAUUUCCACAAUGUCUGAGAGUCUGAGUGCUGUCGUUGAGGUGUUGAUGGGUAUGUUUCGCGGCCAAGGGAUUGUAUUGGAUCAUUGGUUAAGAUUUUUUUGAGUGAGUGCUUCUUAUUGUGACGGUAAUGUUGUUACAACAAUUUAGACUCGAGCAGUACAAUUUCGCUGUAAUUUGAAAUGGUGUAUGGCUUAUAGUGGUGCAUAUAAUCUUGAAAUGGUUUCUGUAAAGUAAUUGAAUUUUCUUUUCCAGUAAAUUGCUUCAGUAAUGAGUCA